GUAAAAUUUUUUUUUUGUCCAUGAUUGGCAUGCAAUUUUUUUUUUACAGUGUUGCAAUAUAUUCUUUUUGUACUAUAAAUUCUUUUUGUACUAUAUAUUCUUUUUGUACUACUACGUCUAAUUAUAUAAGAAGGCUCCAUCUGGGGCUGUUUUUUAAAAAGUCCUUCACUCAUAAAACAAAAAAAAAAAAUUCAUAAAUUUAAUAGUAACUAACUCUAUAAAGAUGGCCUAUAAAUUUGUUGAGAAAAAAGUUGGCAUAAUUGGAUGUCCUUUCAACGGGGGGCAACAUAGAAACAUGGGAGUUGAGAGAGGUCCAAAGAGAUUGAUGGAAUACGGAUUAAUAGAACAACUUGAAGAAUUAGAAUGGUCAGUGGAAUUUGACGGACAUCAUAAACUUAAUGAACUACGCCCUUCUGAAGACCCAAAUAUAGGGAAGCUAAAGAAGCCUCUCUAUGUUUCAAGGGUAGCUGAAACUGUAUCCAAAGCUGUUGAAUCGCAUCUUAAGAGAAAACAAGUAGCGUUAACUCUUGGUGGCGAUCACAGUCUCGCAUUAGGCACAGUUUCGGGAACUUUAUCAGUUUAUCCUGAUGCUUGUCUUAUCUGGGUGGAUGCCCAUGCCGAUAUCAACACUCCUGAAACUACAAAGUCUGGCAAUCUUCAUGGUUGUCCGGUAUCAUUUUUAUUGGGUAUCGCAGGAAAAGUACCAGGAUUCGAAUGGAUUAACAAGAUUCUUAGUCCGGAUAGAAUUGUGUAUAUUGGACUUCGAGAUGUUGAGGCAUCAGAGAAAAAAAUCUUGAAACAAUUAGGAAUCAAGGCAUUCUCAAUGCAUGAAGUAGACAAAUAUGGAAUUGGAAAAGUAGUAGAAAUGGCUCUUGAUGCGGUGAAUCCUAAGAGAGACCUUCCAAUCCAUUUAAGCUUUGAUGUUGAUGCACUUGAUCCUACUGUUGCUCCAAGUACAGGUACACCUGUUCGCGGUGGUUUGACCUUUAGAGAAGGACAUUACAUCUGCGAAGCUAUUCAUGAUACAGGAUGUGUUGUUGCAGUUGACAUUAUGGAAGUAGCAAUUCCUGAUCCUGAAAUCUUCCCUGACAUUGAUGAAACACAAAUAUUCGCAACCGUAACGGUUGGACUAUCUUUAAUUCGAUGUUGUUUCGGUGAAACUUUGUUAUAAAGGAUUUCUUUCGUCGAUCGAUUUAUACAGCAGAAUACUAGAAAGAUUUUAUAUAAUAUAUAUAUAUAUUUAUUUAUAUAUAUAUUAUAUAUAUAUAAUUUUUUU